GGAGGGCAUUGUAAACAAGUGUAUUUUGUUUUAGCCAAAUGAUGGAUCGGAACAGCCUUUCAGGAACGCUUGUAUCGAGUUUUUGUCGCAUUUGUACAACUAACAACGAUGUAGAUUGGUCCAUUUACGAAACAUUGAAUGAAGAUGAAGGCACGACGAACCUGCAUAUGAUGCUGGUUAAGCUCUACCCAACAGUGUUCAAUGAGUCGCAGGUACUCUGUGAUGAAGCCUUGAAAUGGCCAACGAAAAUAUGCAAGGAAUGUAAGGCAAAAGUGAUAGAAUCGUACAAGUUCUACGAGCGCUGUACAAAGAGUGCACGUAGCUUGAGAACGAUAGCUUCGAAAGAACAACCUACUACUGAUACCCUACAAGAGGAGAAAGAUGACCAUCCUGCAGUGAUUAAAAUGGAGUUUAUAGAAUGUGAAGAACCUAUUGUACCGAAAGAAGAAUGUGACUCGGAUGACCACAGUUCAACCUACAAAAGAUUUUACCGGAGUUCACCUACAGAGGAUGUUUUCAGCGACACUGAGGAUAGUCGACCUGCACCUACUUCUAUUCAAAGCAGUUCUUCAUCGGCCAACAAAAUGGAACAGAUACAAAGCACCAAACAGAACGCAAAUUUAAAAGCAUCCUUCACUGGAACUUUCUUGUCUGGAGGAGAAAAUUCCAAGCUAAAACAAUCGGAUAAAAGUGGAAAAUAUAAGACAACGAUAGUUUACAACCUAGAGAAAGAAAUGACCAUAUCAGCCCAGAAUAUGAAAAGUGAAACAGGGAAUAUUCUUAGAACAUAUAGACAGAGUGGUAUUGUGCCACACACUGGAGAACAUCGUAAGAUUAAAAUGCCUCCAGCAACGAUUGACCGCUUGAGGUCCUUAAUAGGAGAAGAUUGCACAAUAUCUAUGCAGGCAGUUGCUAAGAAAAUGCAGCAAUACCAUGGCAUAAAAGUGAGCGUAAAAUCUAUUUCUCGCUACUUCGAUGGGUUUCAUUAUUCGUUUAAGAAAGUACAUGUACCACAAAUUGUAAAUGCGGUCCAAUCGGAUAAUAAUCUCACACAUAAGGAGUAUGCCAUAAAACUUUCAUCAUUGAGGGAUUGUGGGACAGAGAUUAUCUUUUUUCACGACGUCGAUUUCAUACUCAAUACCCGGACUGGGGAGCGUGGACAAGUAGUUCGUCCGGCUCGCUCAAGACAUAUUUCCAUAUUAUGUGCCAUUAGCAGUGCAGGAGUUGUGCAGUACCUGGCAUCGCAGAGGGCAUUUGAUUUCCCUAAAGUCAACACAUUUAUUCAUGAGUUGAAAAAGAAACUGAUAAGCAAACCCGAUCAGCGAACGGUUGUGAUCAUAGACCCGGAACAUUUCCAUCAACACGAGGAGAUUAAACAGCUUGUAAUAGAAGAAAAAAUCCAAUUGUUAUACUUACCUCCACAUUCGCCAUGUUUAAAUCCUUUAGAAUCAAUGUCCUGUCGUUGGAAGGAUUUCACAAACCGCACAAAUCCUCCAAAUGUUCAACAAGUCGUUGAGGCAAUAGAUAAAAUUCCAAAUUUGAUCACUCCGAAGGACUGUGAGAAAGAAUUCGGGCUCAUGUGGUCUAACCUUUCCAAAUAUCUGGUAGAAGAUGAUAUUAAUGAACUACCAUAAAAGAUCAUAAGAUUGAUGACAGCAAGAAUAAUCCAUAAACUUAAAAUAUAAAGUAAAUUGAACUA